UCUUUCUGGAAGUCACUUUACUUUACCUCCAGCCUCAUCUCUAACCGAUACAAUGGCCGUGCCUCCCACGUAUGCUGACCUGGGCAAGUCUGCCAAAGACAUCUUCAACAAAGACUAUUGUUUUGGCUUGGUGAAGCUCGAUGUCAAGACAAAGUCAGACAAUGGAGUUGAAUUCAAAACAUCUGGAUCCUCCAACACUGACACCAGCAGAGCUGCAGGUAGCCUUGAAACUAGAUACAAUAGGUCAAAGUAUGGUCUGACCUUCACUGAGAAGUGGAACACCGACAACACCUUGGUAACAGAAAUCACAGUUGAAGAUCAGAUUGCCAAGGGACUGAAGUUAACUUUUGAAACAACCUUCUCACCAAACACUGGCAAGAAGAGUGGCAAAGUUAAGACCGCCUACAAGCGCGAGUUCAUCAACCUUGGCUGUGAUGUCGACGGCGACUUGUCUGGCCCCACUAUCCACGGGGCUGCCGUUAUCGGCUACGAGGGGUGGCUCGCCGGCUUCCAGCUGAGCUUCGACACUGCCAAAUCCAAGAUGACUCAGAACAACUUUGCCAUUGGUUACAAGACUGGAGACUUCCAGCUCCACACCAAUGUGAAUGAAGGAGUAGAGUUUGGAGGCUCCGUCUACCAGAAGUUGAGCGACAAGCUGGAGUCAGCCGUCAACCUGGCCUGGACCGCUGGCAGCCACAGCACACGCUUCGGUAUUGCAGCAAAGUACCAGCUGGACAAGGAUGCCUCCAUCAGUGCUAAAGUGAACAACAAUAGCCUUGUUGGUGUUGGAUACACCCAGACUCUUAGACCAGGCGUGAAACUCACCCUGUCCUGCCUGGUCGAUGGAAAGAACAUCAACUCCGGAGGCCACAAGCUCGGUCUGGGUCUGGAAUUUGAAGUCUAA